AUGCCUAAGGGGAGGGACCUGGAGAAACAACUACCACCUGCAAGUCCCGGGAUUCUGGCCACACUCCCGCCCCACCAGCCCUCCUCCUGUGACUCUCCCACCUCCCCCCACCUUCCUGAUCCUCCGGGCGUCCAGGCCCCCAUCCCUCCUCCGGGGCCGGCCCCACCCCCUGAGCCCCCAGUCUCAGGCCAGCCAGGGCCCGCACUCGGGACGGCUGGCUGGCUCCGAACGGGAUUUGGGGCUCCGGCGCCUCUGGGGGCGGCGGCGGCCGCUCCCCCGCCCCCCUCUCUUUCCGGCUUCAGUCGCCGCCGCGACGGCGGCGGCGGCGGCCCCGACCCCCCCGGAGGGCGGCCCCCAUCUUCCCUCUUCCCCCACCUGGCCCCGAUCGCCCGCCGGCCCCCGAAGCAAAUCCCAGUCCCCGCUCUAGUUCUGCCCCUCCCCAGGCCCGCCGCCUACCCCGGCUGCCCAGAACGUCCGGGCCGCGCCGCCCGUCCGCCCCCGCGGCCAGGCCGGCCCUCCGCGCGGCUCCGACCCGCUGCCUCCCGCCAGCCGCCCGCGCCCGCCCCGCGCAGCCCGCACUUGCGCGAUCCCCGGCCCCCUAGGCGGCCUCCGCCCGCGGCCCCCGCCCCUUCCCGGGCGGUCUUCUCCCUCGCCCCCUCCUGGCUCCUCCCUGAGGCCGGCGGUCCCCCUGAAACGGGUCCCGGCCCGAGGCCCCGGCCCGACGCGGGGCUGCGGGCGGGCGGGCUGGGCGGCGCGUCCGGCGACUCGCACAGGAAAGCGGACGGCGAAGGGAGGGAGCCUGGGAGAGGGGGAUGGGAGAAGGGAGGAAGAGGGAGAAGGAGGGAGCGCGGAGGAACGGAGGAGAGAGGGGCAGGGAGGGAGCCGCGAGGGAGGGAGCGCGAGGCGAGCGGCGAGGAGGGGCGGAGAGGGGGAUCGGAAAGGGGGAGGCGCCGCGCGAGUUGGCCAAGACCGAGGCCGAGGGGGCCGGGGCGCGGGGAGGGGUUCGCCGUGGCGGAAUGCGGGGAGCCCGCGGGCCUGGCGCGGGAGCGGGCUGGGUAG